AUGGACCCUGAUCGAAUGAAGGAGUUGAAGGUCUUCUACGCCGACUUCGUCACACCAGAGAAUCUCAAACAGCGCAGAAAGGAGCUGAAGGAGAAUCCACACCGGAGAUCUAAGGUGUUUAGCUUCGUCGACAUCAACGCUGGCAAGAUCGGCGAGGACGAGGUGGAACUGGAAGCCAAUUUCCAUUUCACCCUGGGUUUCAUCGCUUCCUUUGCGCACUGCAUCCCUCCGCAGAUAGAAGUGGAGGAAUGCCUCUUUGGAUUGUCCUUGGAGUACCGGUUGAACGAUCAUUUCAAGACCCGGGGCCAGCACCGCGCCUGGGCACGCACAGAAGCAGGCUUGCAUCGAGCCCUUGGGGCUUACAUCCUCAACCGGAAUCAGCGCAACCAAGCGUGCAGGAAAGGAAGAGAGCGCAUGGAGACUUUGAAGCAAGUUGCACGAGCUCGCUUGGAGGAUCAUGGUCUCCUUGAGAAUGGCAAGAAGAAACCUACAAGGGGGAAGAACGCCGCUGCUGCUCGAGAGGCUGAGAAGAAGGAAGCUGAAAGCGCUACAGGUUCGGCUGGUGACACGGCUGACACGCUGCCAAUGCCCGAUGAUCACCACCAACAAAUUUUGGACCACAUGCUUGACGAAGAAGAACUAGAGGCUGAGGAGAUGUUUGAUUUUAUCAUCAACGGAUCCCAGGCUGAGGGGGGGGAAGAAGAGGAGCGAGAACAUGAUGAGGUUGUGGAGGCUGUGGUCGAUCAUGAGGACUCCAACAAUUAUGCUGAUGUAGGAGAUGAUGAUGACAAUGAUGCUAUGACCCCCGCACAGAGCAAAGAAGCAGCGGCAGCAAAGACCCCUCCCAAAGUUCCCAAGAAGCAGGCUGCACGCAGCAAGGCCGAGGCCACAGAACUUGCUGCGCCCCAGCCGGACGAUGAGGCUGAGGAGGACACCAAAGCUCUGACGCAGUUGCCUAGCCUUCCUCCCCAGACAAGCUUGGAUCAAGCAGAGAAAGUUUGCGCCAGCUUGGAGUCUGAUUCCCAAGCAGACUUGUUGAAGGCGCAAAGGAAGGUGCGACAGUCUGUCAGAGCGUCUUUGGCCGGCGAUGGGGAUGAAGACGAAGAGGAGGACCGGGACAGAAAAUUGAAGGAAGAGAUCGAGGCCAAUGAGGGUGGGACAAAGGGAAAAGGCAAAGGGCGUGGUAGGGGUCGAGGGCUGAAGCGACCUGCAGCUGCGAUCAAAACUGAUGCUGCGGCCCCACAGAGCUCCAAGAAAACAGAACCUUCUGGUGAUGAGUGUGAGGAUGACAUCCCCGCAACCCAGCCAGAUUCUGACGAGCCUGACCAAGUUGAUGUUCCUGAGGUUCCGCCCAAAAAAAAGAAAACCCAGGGAAAGAGUCCGUUGGCAUCCCCCAAGCCUGCCCCUGCUUCGAAGAAAAAGGAUACCAAGAAUGCCAAGACCAGUAAGCCGUCCAUCAAGGCUCCCAAGAAAGCAAGCCCGAAAAGUAAGAACGCAGCCGCAAAGAAGAAGCCUUCAAAGCGUACACUGGAGGAACUGAAGCAGUAUGUUUUGCGCUUGUGGAUGCAUGUGCACAUUACAUUAUAUUACCAUGUAUAUCAUGCAUGUGCGCGCUGA